UCAUGCCUCUACUUCAAUGCACUUGGGUCUAUUGCACCUGGAACAUUACCUGAACUUAACACAUAAAUGUAAAACUAGGAAACGGUAUAUCAAUUGAAUGGGUUGUUAGCCUGUGCUCUGCUCUGCAGGUGCCAUUUGACCGAUAUCUCAUGACGUCACCUGUACACUACCUUAACGGUUUCUAAAAGGCUAUGAGCGCAGAUCUGGGAGUUGAACAAGUUGAACUGCUGAGCAGUCAUGUUUUUACAGAAAAAACAACCGUGUAAAUACGUUGAUAGCUACACGUUUUAUCUAUAGGAAAUUAUAUUUUAUUUUCAGUUUUGAACGGAAAACUGUUUUCUUUCGCAGAAGGGGAUAAAGUGGGGAACGUUUUCUUUUCGUACUCUUUGUAGCCAUACAACCACUUGUCGAACUAUUGGGAAUAUCUAUGGUGGAGUAUACAGCCUAUUCAUACUGCUACCCCAGAGGGAACAGUGAGCCUCGAGAGUAAUCGCCGAGAUUGUAACUUCAUUUUUUCUCACGCUUGACUUGACAAGCAGUCGUACACCUGUUGCAAAAGAGAGGCUGGGGAUAAGCCUGGGUGGCAAGUUGACCAUCACAGGAGCUGUGAAGCAGGGCUACUCUGAACUUCAGCUACCUCUUUUCAUUUUCUACUUUUGAGCUAGAAAACAUGACUGAGAAAAAGAAUGGAGGCGCGGGGGUGACCUUCCUGACCCCAUGUCGCGUGGCGGGCGUGUGUCUGACCGUGGUGCUACUUGGGGGGAUUGGAGCUGCUGUCUGGGCUGUAGUAACAUUUUGUAUCAGAGAAGAAGACACAGGAUUAUAUGAUGUCCAGGUGAACUCCAAUCCAAGCUCGGACCUACGUCUCCGGGUGUUUGACUCGGCCGAGCGACGGUGGAGACACCUCUGUUCCUCAGAGGCCAACCAGCUCCUGGCCAACAUCAGCUGUGAGGAGAUGGGCUUUGUCAGCGUGGUGAAUUACUCUGUGUCCAGUAUCCCUGAAGGCAGUAACGACCGUGAGGAGUUCUUCUGUGUCAAAGAGAAGGAGCUGACCUAUGGAAAGAAGAUCAAAGAGUCUCUAUAUCCCUGUGACUGUGAAACUGGCCAGGUCCUAAGUCUGCUUUGUCAAGACUGUGGCAGGCGUAGUCUGACAGCGGACCGUAUAGUAGGUGGUGUAGAUGCUAGGCAGGGUAGCUGGCCGUGGCAGGUCAGUCUGCAGUAUGACGGGGUGCACCAGUGUGGAGGCUCCAUCAUCUCAGACCGCUGGAUCGUCAGCGCAGCCCACUGCUUCCCAGAGAGGAACCGUCAGGUGUCUCGAUGGAGGGUGCUACUGGGCUCCAUCUACAACAAGCUCACCCAUAAGAAUGUUAGAGUUCUUGAGGUAAAGACUGUGGUGUACCACAGCAGCUACCUGCCCUUUGUAGACCCCAACAUAGACGACAACAGCAGAGACAUCGCUGUCCUUGCUCUGGCCCAGCCUCUGCACUUCACAGACUACAUCCAGCCGGUGUGUUUACCCCACUACGGCCAGCGCCUGAUUGACGGCCAGAUAGGGACAGUGACAGGCUGGGGAAAUGUAGGUUACUAUGGUACUCUUGCUGACGUUCUUCAGGAGGCUAACGUGCCGAUCAUCAACGACGCUGUCUGUAACGCCCCUGAUUACUAUGACAACCAGAUUACCACCAGCAUGUUCUGUGCUGGCUUUGAGAAGGGUGGUACCGAUGCCUGUCAGGGGGACAGCGGGGGCCCGUUUGUGGCUGAGGACUCCCUGUCCAAGGCCAGCCGCUACCGCCUGCUGGGGGUGGUGAGCUGGGGAACAGGCUGUGCCAUGGCCAAGAAGCCUGGCGUCUACACCAGAGUGUCCCGCUUCCUACCCUGGAUCUCCUCAGCCAUGAGGACGUAUCACAAUUCACCAGGAGUGCACAAAAUGGCGCGUACAUGGGAGCACUGACCUUUAAGUAUUAUCCAUUCAGACUUACUGCACUUCACCUGUCCAAAAACCCAUCCUAUUAGGGGAACCUUGUGCAGAAAUUGGAUGUAUAGGUAAAUUCAGCUAGAUUACCUGAGGAAACCCUUGAUAUGAUAGCUUGACCAAAGAAUAAUCAAUAGGUGUAUGGUCUUGUGAAAUGAGAAAGCAUCAAAUGAAAAGACUUAUGGGACUUGCAUGACAAAGUCAUAGAAAAUCACCACUCUGCCAGCCAAUGUGCAGAUUGUACUGUCAUGGGGAUUAGUUGAUUGUCAUUAAAGGUUUUCAUUUUUG